GUGCAUCAUCUCAUCCCCUAUAUGUGCUACUAUAAAAGAACUUUAUCAAUUGCAUCAUGCCAUACCCAAUAUAUAGUACUUCCUCCAUUUCAAAAUAUAGUGCACCCGCGUUUUCCGAUGUCCAACUUUGACCAUAAAUUUAAACAACGAAACCGAUUGCGGCAGGAGAAAAAAUUAUAUAAUUGAAAACUUCUUUUAAAUACAAAUUCACUGGUAUAACUUUUGCUCCCGCCGCAGUCAGUCUCGUUGGUUAAAUUUAUGGUCAAACUUGAAGCACGGAUAUAGAGGAAACACUAUAUUUUGAAACGGAGGAAGUAUCUACAAGCAGCUGUAAACAGAUGCAACCCUGCAAGUGUACGAUAAUAUAUCACAAAAUCUCUUCAGCAUGUACUUGCAAAAGACUUUUCAAGACAAAACAAAAUGCAUUUGCAAGCUACAAUGAUAUAUCUGCAAUUUCAUAUUGUAGCCAGCUAAUCAAUUACCAGUUCUCAGUAUUCUUAGUUGCAUCUUUAGUUCCACAAAAGAUCUGCUUGACGUGAACAGAAACAGUAACAUUGAUCGAUCGAUCGACGUGGGAGACUACUCCAAAGUCCAAAGUAGCCAAGAGAUCUGAUACAAUGGUACCAGCGAUCGACAAGCUGGGGCUGGUGGCUGGGCUGGUUCUCCAUCUUAACUGGAACUAGAGGACAAACCACAGGGUAAAUGAUCUGCGGGAUCUCGGCUUCAUAAAACAAACCACCCGCCACAUCCCCCGCCGCGCGGUCUAUACGCGGCGUCACCUGGACACACAUUUAAUGAUUUAAGCAUCACCUGAAUGAUCUAGAGUGCUUUGCUUGUCUUUUGUUUUGUGCCUCCAAGGAACACUGUCCAUAAGUUUGCAGCUUCUACAUAGAAUAUAUAGGAGCAAUGUGUGUUUGUGUCGUGCCAUCCAUGCAUAUGAGAGGGUUAUAAACUAGCCAGGGCUGUAGAGGAGCAUAUGCUGGUUAGCUUGGGCUAGCAUAUACUCAUGGAGCUUGAAGGGUGUGUAGAUUGGAGAGGGAAUGCUGCGGAUCGAAGGAAGCAUGGAGGCAUCAAGGCUACAAUCUUCCUCUACGGGCUAUAUGUUGCUAGCAUUGCAGGCAUACUUGCCUUCACAACAUCCUCUGGAUUGUGAGAUAAACAAAGAACCAAACAACUGUGAGUCAGCUAAAGGUUGGAGCUUAACACUGCUCUACUUGAGCUUAUUGAUGUUUGCCAUCGGAGAAGGCUGCAUGCGCGCUUGCAUACCAUUGCUUGGUGGAGAUCAGUUCAGCAAUGAUGAUCCAAAAGAAACACAUCUCAAGAGUACGUUCUUGAGCUGGAUCAAGUUUGCAAACUCUGUUGGAGCACUCAUGGGAUUGGUAUUCUUAGUCUGGAUCGAGAACAAUUUGGGCUGGGCCCUUGGCUUUAUGAUAUCUGCACUUAUUGUACUUGUAGGGCUGUUUGUGGCAGCCAGUGGACUGCCUUUCUAUAGAACACAGAAGCCUAAUGGAAGUCCUCUAAAGGGAAUAUUGCAGGUUCUUGUCACUUCAUCAAAGAAGAGGCAGGUUGCUACCAUAGAUGUUAUCGAGCUGCAGGAGAUAGGAGCAGCGGAUAGUGUUGAUGGGGAAGGCAGAUCUGACAGCAAGAGCACUGGCACCACUCAGAUCGAGGAGUUAACAAAGGCCAUCACCCGAAUGCUUCCAAUCUUCAUCAGCUGCUUGCUCAUCUACCUGCCCUUCACACUGCUAAUGACACUAACGAUACAAGUCGGAAGCACCAUGGACAAAGGGAUAGGCGCGAUCCAGAUAUCCUCCGCCUCUCUCAUUGCAAUCCCAACAGCAUUUCACAUGCUUAUGCAACCAUGCUACAGGCGGAUAUUGAUGCCACUGCUACAAAGAUUUACAGGCCACACACACGGAAUCACCCCACUGCAGAGUAUCGGUGCUGGCUCAGUGUGCGGGGUAGCAGCAGCAUGCCUUGCGGCGUUAGUGGAAACAAGAAGGCUGACAGUCGCAGAACAGCAUGGGCUAACAUCGACAGGAGCAGGUGUCCCGAUGUCCGUGUUCUGGUUGGUGCUGCAAUUUUUCCUGCUAAGCAUCAUGGAUGCAACAUCCUUCAGCGGACUGAUUGAGUUCAUAAAGAGCGAGUCAUCUCCGGAAAUGAAGCUGAUAGCACCGGCAGCGCAGUCCAUUAUUGCAGGAAUAGCAGCCUGGUUAGCAUGUGCCUUCAUACAGCUGGCGAACAACGCGUCACGGCGCGGCGAUGGUGGAAGAGGGUGGCUAGAUGGAGCAGACUUCAACAGGACACGCCUUGAUCGUUUCUUCUUUUUACUGGCAGCCUUCGAGCUGGUGGCACUCAUCAACUAUGCUUUCUGGGCUAGGAGAUAUGCCAAGAAGCAACGGAGCAGCGGUGUUGGAUUAGUCGGUCAUAGCUCUGAAAACUAAAUAGCCAAACAUAGCGAGAUACAUAGGCAAUAGGUGAUAGACCAAAUAUUUUUGAUGAAUUGCUUUAGGUGGUAUAUCAAUGACUAUAUAGAUUGUAACUGAGAAAUCCCUAUAAUCUCCACCGAUUAAUAUUCGAUAGUAGCUUGAUAGCACCAGUGAUCGAUAAAAUGUGGCAUACAGAUACGUUACCUUUUUCAUUGAAAAGAAAAAAGAAGUGUCAUCUCACAAA